AUGCAGCGCAGACCCAGGCCAUGCUACAUGAAAUGCUUAAGGGAGCAAAAAAAAGAUAAAAGUAAAGUACCUUGGACUGAAGAAAGCAUAAAGCAAUUUGAGAAGUGCAAAACUGACUUGGCUAAUACUGCCCUCUUAAGUUAUCCAAAGUCUGAAUGUCCAUUAUCUCUGUGCACUGAUGCCUCAGAUUGGGCAAUUGGUUCAGUUUUGCAACAGUAUGAAGAUGGUAACUGGAAACCAGUUGCAUUUUAUUCAAAGAAGCUAAAUGGGGCUCAAAGAAAAUACAGUACAUAUGAUCGUGAAUUGCUUGGAAUAUAUCUCUCUGUGAAGCAAUUUAAAUACAUGCUGGAAGGACGAGAUUUUCAAAUUUUCACUGAUCAUAAACCACUGAUUUUUGCAUUCAAGCAAAAGAAUGAUAAAGCUUCACCUAGGCAGCUGCGUCAGUUACAGAUGAAGAAACAAGCAAGUGAUUGGGCUAGAGCUUGUCUGCAGUGCCAGAAAGUUAAAGUAACAAGACACACCAAAUCGACCUUUGGUACAUAUCAAGAACCUGAUGCCAGAUUUAGCAUCAUCCAUAUUGAUUUGAUUGGGCCUUUGCCACCAUCUAAUGGUAAAAUUUACUGUCUAACAUGCAUUGAUAGAUUUUCCUGUUGGAUGGAGGUAGUUCCAUUAGAAGAGAUCACUGCAGAACUGGUGAGUAAAGCUUUUUAUGACCAUUGGGUGAGCAGAUUUGGAGUGCCACAGUGUGUUGUAACUGACCAAGGUCGCCAGUUUACCUCCCAAAUGUUUAAAAAUCUUGCUGCUAUUUGUAGUGCUAAACUUCUGCAUACAACGCCCUAUCAUCCCCAAUGUAAUGGGAAAAUUCACAGGACACUAAAGGCUGCAAUAAAAGCUCACAAUAAUAGAUUUAAGGACCUGUACUCAUGUGUGUUCGUUCGAGUUGAUCGGGUGAAAAAACCACUAGAGCCUGCAUAUGAUGGCCCAUUUCCUGUAGCAGAAAGACAUGAUAAGUAUUAUUCUGUGCAUAUUAAAGGAAAAGAUGUUAACAUCUCUAUUGAUAGGCUGAAACCUGCUUACCUUAUGAAUGCAGAUAGCAUGCCAGAACUACCGAAUCAGCUUCUUGACGACGAUGUCAAUGGUGGAUCCUCAAAGGAAAUGCAUCAUAGUAAUUUCCCAACAAACACUCGUUGUGGUAGAGAAAUAAAACUUCCUGUUAGGUUUCGAACUUAA